AUGCAUGACCUCCUGAACCAGACGGUCGAAGUGUUCUUAGUUUAUUCAGCUAGUGGUUCUCGGUCUUUGAAAGCUCUGUAUACCAACGCUGACGUGAAAAUCCGUAAGACCUGGAAAAGAUCUUACACAGAAUUCUCUUCCUACAUCGAACACCAACUAACUAUGUGCUAUGUGCAAAUACGCGUGGAGGUCGAUCAUCUUCUUCUCCCAGGACUUGUUUUUUCGAGUCUCUUCUUCUUACUCCUUACUUUCUAUCAGGGUAUCGGCCCAACUGUUGUCUCAUAUGUAGCCUUUUGGGGCACUCUCUCCUUAUGGAUCUUGUUAUACCAUGCAUUCUGGCAUCCACUCAGACAUUUUCCAGGUCCAUUUGGUGCAAAAUUGUCGAAAUUGUGGACUGUCAAACAGGCCUGGGAUUCAAGAUGGCAUUGGCAUCGCGUACAACAGAGUCUCCGAAAGGAGUAUGGUGAUUAUGUAAGAACGGGUCCCCGAGAAAUUUCAAUUUACGACCCGAGUGCCAUACAACCGCUUUUGGGUUUUUCUUCCAUGACAACCAAGGGACCUUUCUACGAUGUUAUGGAAAAGUCUCUUCGUUUGAACCGAGACAAAGUCUUCCACCAUCAGCGACAUAGGGUUUGGGAUAAUGGUAUGAAAGAAUCGCUUUCUACCUUUUCUCCACUCGUUGAGGCGUUUAUAGAUAAGCUGCUUGCUCAACUGCACAAACAGAAUGGCGAACCGACUGAACCAUUGCACUAUUGCAGCUACUAUAGUUAUGACGUUAUGUCAAAACUUGCAUUUGGCGAAUCAAUAGGAUUUUUGGAAGGCAAACAAAGUGAAGUAGAGGCAAGCAUUCUCAAUACUUUCAAUAGUAGCUCAUCUGCUAUGGGCCUUAUGCUUAUGGACACACUUGGGGUGGUCAUUUCAAUUGCCGGGCCGAUGAAAGAAUGGCAAGACUGGAGCGUGUCCCAAAUGAGACAGCGCAUCGCCCGGACAGAUGGAAAUACCGAUUUUGUGGGACAUCUCAUCAAGAACACUCCUAACGAUAAAGCUGGACUAGAACUACUAUAUGGCGAAUCGCGACUCAUCAUCAGUGCCGGCAGCGAGACUACGUCUACGGCGUUGACGUUUACAUUGAUGCAACUUGCUACAAACCCGAAAUACGUCGAUGCGAUACGAAAGGAGUUUCGUGACUGCGUAUCUUUCAACUGCCAGCGGCCACUUCCAAUGCUUGACGCAGUGAUACAAGAAAACUUUGUAAAACCGGACGAAUUUUUGCCUGAACGAUGGACAUCGGAACCUGAGUUGGUGCUCAAUAAGAACGCAUUUAUCCCAUUCAGCAUAGGACCAUACAAUUGCGUUAGUAAAACAUUAGCCAAUAUGAAACUACAGAUUGUCAUUGCAAGAGUGGUGAAUGAGUUUGAUAUUCGUCUUCCCGACGGAUUCGUAGCAGAACAGUAUUGGGAUGGUAUCAGAGAUCAGUUUACAGCAGGACCUCCAGAAAGCCAGAGUUUCUUUUGUUACAUAUCAGAGCUGAUUUGA